AAAAAAUACAGAGAGUGUAAGAUGAGAGUUUUGGUGAGAAGCUGUCAGGACCCGGUUCCCUUCUUCCUUCUUCUUCCUCUUUUAUUUCUCCUUUUUUUUUUUUUCUGUUCUACUCCUCUACACUGAGGCUCAUGUGGCACAGCAGAAAAUGAGAAAGGAAAUUGAGAGGGAAGCCGAAUCCAUAGCAACCUGUGACCCAUCGACACGGCCAAACCCCGAAGCCGUGAACCGAAGACCAUGCAUGCACUAAACUCAGUCAGUGAACCGAGAGUUAGAGGGAGAUUUAGAGAUGGAGUGAAGAAACUGAGUAGGGAGAAAGCUAGACAGCAACUUCCUUCUUCAUUCUUUCUCCAUUUUAUGCAAAGCUCUCCCGGUCUGCGUUAUUUUCUGCAACUUUCUUUCCUUCUAUUUUGCUGUUUUGUCCAUUUCAGCAAACAGCCCUUCAAACCCAGCAGCGAUCCAGCCCAACCCAAUCUGAUCUGACCCAACCAAGCCCAUGACCACCAUGGGCUGACUUCAGCUCAAACCCACUGAGCCCAGACCGAAGCCAUUAAACCCAGCAGUAACCCAGACCCACUGAGCUUGACCCGAACCUGGAAUCCCGACCCGCCGGCGACCCGCCGCCGGCAGUGUCUCCGGCAGCUUCUCCGGCGACUUUUCCGGUGACUUUCCCGGCCACUUUCCGGCGACUUUUCGGGCCACUUUUCCGGCGACUUUCCGGCCACUUUUCCGGCGACUUUCCGGCUAUUUUCCCCGGCGACCAAACUCACCGUUUCGCUGGAUUUUCGAGUGGAAAUCCUUAAUAUGAUGAAUUGAGACAGCACAAAAGGACUGUGGUGGAUAUGAGUGAUAAAGUGUUUCCAGAGAGAUCAACUCAUAAUUCAUGAAUGAAUGAAGGUACCUGGAGAUUCAAUAUCAAAUGAAAUUUUGGAAUGAUAUAAACAAGGUGCUCCCAUAUGGAUCAGUUCCACUAAAAACAUACCUUCCUGAUGGGGAUAUUGAUUUGACUGCAGUUAGCUGUCCAAACAUCGAGAAUUCCUUGGUAUCUGAUGUUCUUGCCGUUCUAAGGAGAGAAGAACAUAAUGAAGCUCCUCCAUAUGAAGUGAAAGAUGUUCAUUGCAUUGAUGCUGAGGUUGAUCGCCUCGUUGGUAAAGAUCAUCUCUUUAAACGCAGCAUUAUUCUUAUAAAAGCUUGGUGCUAUUAUGAAAGUCGUAUUCUUGGUGCUCAUCAUGGCUUGAUUUCAACAUAUGCUUUGGAGACAUUGGUCCUUUAUAUUUUUCAUCUAUUUCAUUCUUCCCUAAAUGAACCUUUAGCUGUUCUUUAUAGAUUUUUAGAUUACUUUAGCAAAUUUGAUUGGGAAAAGUAUUGUAUCAGUUUAAGUGGACCAGUUUGUAGAUCUUCUCUUCCUGAGAUUAGGGUUGAGAUACCAGAAAAUGGGGGAGAUCAUCUACUGCUAAGUAAAGAGUUUCUUAGGAGCUGUUUUGAGAUGUUUUCAGUGCUACCAAGGGGACUUGAAACAAACUCACGAGCAUUUCCCCAAAAGCAUCUUAACAUAAUUGAUCCACUUAAAGAAAACAACAACCUUGGGCGCAGUAUCAAUAGAGGUAAUUUCUAUCGAAUACGUAGUGCGCUUAAAUAUGGGGCUUGCAAGCUUGGCGGGAUUCUCUUGUUACCAAGAGAAAGAAUAGCAAAUGAGCUCAAAAUGUUCUUUUCCAACACUCUGGAUAGGCAUGGAAGCAAUUGUUGGACUGAUAUUCAAAAUCUUUCCCUGGCAUCUGGUGCAAGAGGUUCUGACUUUUCAUCCUUAUCAUUACAGCCCAUAGUGUGCUCUAAAGACACAGUGUUUCUAAAGUCCACUUUUGGUUUCCAUGAUGACACGAUAUCAGGUAUUGAAUUCAAUCCUGGAAUUAGACCAAAAGGAAACUCACAGAAAGUGGUUUCCUCUGAGCCAUUGCCACAAUUGGACUACAUUGUGGACAAAAAUGCUGUUAUAGGGUGUUGUUUUGCUGGGGAUGCUAAAGAGGUUUCAAACUCUAGAAUUUUGAGAAUAAGGACUAAUGACUUGUCCCAUUGUUUGCCUUCAAAAAGCAACUCGGGUACUUUGGUUUCAGGGGACUCUCACCAUGCAACUCAUUUUAAUAGUUCAGAAUUGUCUUUCAUAUAGGGACAUGCCAGUUUCAAAGCAAGGAAGAAAUCGUGCAGUGGGGGUUCAUGGUCAAUUCCAGAGAGAUAUUCAUAACAAUGGCUUGACUCCAGCUUCACGACAGGUGAACUUGUCUGAUGAAGGCAACCAUGAACUCUCGCAUGAUGAGUUCCCAGUUCUAGGCUGCAAGAAGUCUGUAUCAUCAGAUUCUCACCAAUCUCUCAUUUCCCAAUGGGGGUGUUUACUUGCCAAUGGCUUCCCUCGCCCAUCUAAUAAACUUGAAUCUGGGUCUCUUUCGCCUCAGCCUUUGGCAUCAGCAGUCCAGAGUCUUAAUUCAUUACCCGGAAACAAUCGAGAGAGGGUUGAAGUGCAGUUGUAUCAUUUGAAAGAUGAAGAUGAUUUCCCCCCACUCUGCCUCUGAGUGCCUUUGGAAGGAUCGUACAUAAAUGAGUGGAAAUGAAAGCAUAGUCAACACAGAUGGAUUGACAGGGAAGGACAAUCAAAUACAUAGAAGAACGAAGACAGUGAGAAUAACCAUAGAUGCUAACAAUCUAGCUUAAGAUUUUGAAGGCAUUAGGGAAGACAUUCUUUUUUUCUGUUGCCUCCCCUUCUAUGUUGUGGUUGUUUUGAUGUAGAAAAAUGCAUUUUUGUACAUUCUUAUGGCAUUUGCCUCUCGU